AUGAGAAGAUACCAACAACACACACAUGCAAGCUGGCACCGUGCCUACGCAGAUAAAUUCGAUUGUCCUUGGUGCCAAACCCCUCAGAACCAGAACCACGACUGCAAGCAAUCUGCAAAGAGCUCCGAUAAUGGCAGAACCAGCAGAGCAAAUGCUACUUCGACACCAGUCGGACAUCGAAGAGCGCUUCAGAGCUCUGACGUUCCUAUCGAAGACCAGGCCGCCCAUACACUGCUCGAAUCACAGACACCAGAUUCAGUUCUAGACGCGAACCACGAAGAGACACUAGAGCCGGAAUCUGAUUCAAAUCACGGACAGUACAAUAUGGAGCCCUCUGCGAGACAGGAAGGACUGAAUCCCGCAGAUACACUGCGCCCGCCGCUUCCCGAGGAGUGGACGACAGAUACUGAGGAUCGGGAGCAUGAUGCUGCGAAAGAGAGCCCACCGGCCGUGGAAGAUUGGCGCUCUGGACUAAAUACGACCGAGGAGGCUCAAAUUCCCAGUGGCGAAACAAUUGGCUCUCCGGAGUUGAAUGUGAGGGAUUCAGAGGAAUAUUGA